AAAUGUCGGUGAUAGCAGAGAGUACUUGGUACUAUAAAAGGUGGAGGCGAUAGAGGUGUCCUCGCUAGUAGGAUUUUGCACCUGCUAUCUGGAAAUUCGCAAGUCGAGAACAGAAUUGCGCCAUGUAUUUUCGCACAAUUUGCAUAUUAAGCUUAAUGGCCAUGGCGUUAGCCGCGAAUCAACCGAUCGCCAUCGUCAGACAGAACCAAGGCAUCAGCCCGGAUGGCAGUUUUCACUCGAAAUGGGAAAGCGCUAAUGGCAUCACUUUCGAGGAGGAGGGUGUCCUGAAGAAUCGGGGGCAGAAGGAUGCGGAAGCCGAGGAAAUUCGUGGAUCAGCCUCGUGGACGGCUCCAGAUGGAACGAGGAUCAACGUUGACUGGUUGGCCAACGAAAAUGGCGCCACUUUUCAAGGGCCGCAUCUGCCAACUCCUCCACCCACGCAACCGGUUCCAGUCCUCAUUCAACGCGCUCUCGACUGGAUAGCUGCUAAUCCACAGAAGAAUAGAUUGUAGCUUCCUACGUUUUAUCUUUAUCGCGUGAAAAAAUCAGUCGAGAGUCCGUUUGGGAAAGUUUAUUUACUCAA